GUUUGACGUUGGUUUUGUAGAAAAUUACGGAACAAUCGUUUAUUAAAAUCGCGCCUGUUCCGGUUUUGUGGGGCGGUAAAGUGCGACACUGGUCGAUUGACACUCAUUAGCGGCGCGUCUGGUCGAAUGGGCGCGGACGGGCCCCGCAAAAUGUGCCUUUAUGGGCUUUUUGCGGCCGGCCGCCCUGUCAUUAGCCAUUGCCGCGGUCGGCCCACGGGAACUUUGUCAUUCGGGGGCCCCGGGCCUUCAUAAACGCCGGCCGGUUGUGCGAUAUGCGGCCGUAACUUAACCGCAAUGCUUUUACAAAGUUAACAACUUGUUGCGCCGCGACUAUUUGCCACGUUUAUGGGACGCAUAGAGCGGCCGAAAAAUUGACAAAUGACAAUGGAAUAAAUUGGCACUAAACGUGGCUAUUGAAAGAACGAAUCCCAUCAGACUGGAGAAAAUUGUUCUUUGGAAGCCUUUGGCUUCCAAAGACUUAUUUUUAUUUACGAGCAUUCGAGGCCGAAAGGUUCCUGCGGUCUCGCCUGCAGUCGUAAACAGGCAGCGACCAGUACCAGCUACGCAUCUCUCGGCAGGACCCGAACAACUUAUGGUUAUUGACGAUGGUUCCAAGACGGCAUCAAUCAUCCAAGAUGGCACUGGACCAAUUUAUAGAAAAAUGGCACUAUACAAUCGACAUGUGCCAUUCAAUGGAAGGUCAACGUCAAACGGAGCCUUUCAAGAUGGAGUUGUUGUGUCGUCACAGGUCAGAGCUGCUCCUUCUGCUGCGGCGACUGAUCGCAAAUAUUGAGGCAACAUCUCAAUCAGUGGCGCUGACUGCUGGAGAGGUGAAUGGAGCAGUGGUAGCAGUCAGAGAGCCAAACAUCGACAAGCAACAUCAUUCGAAAUCUGCAUGGUAUCGGUAGAUCGGUAGGUUCCUUGACAAAUCGGUAGAUCUACCGAAAAAUCGGUAGACCUGGCAUCGCUGGUCAUCACYCUCCCCCCACARCCCGAAKUUGAUAAACUAGCAUAACCCCAYUUUUCACUCAGCUGUCUUCUUUGCUUGGCCCAUUUGUUUUUGACGAUUUCGAGCCCCAAAAAUGCC